UGCCGGGAAAAUUCUGACGUGCCAGAAAGCCGAAGAUGACGGGCGUGUUCGAGUCCCCGAAGAGCAGAAUUAACGCGGCGAUGGUUUCGCAGUUCGUCAACAAGCCGGUGUGCUUCGUAGGACGAGUGGAGAAGGUUCAUCCAACGGGAAAGUCGUUCACGUUGUCAGACGGAGAGGGGAAGACGAUAUCAGUGGAACUUAAUGAACCUCUGGACGAGGAGUUGAGUGGAAUUGUUGAAGUUGUUGGCAUGGUGUCCAACAAAGGAACAGUCAUGGCUACGACAUACAGCAUGUUCAGAGAUGAGAAAGGGAUUCAGUUUGACUUGGACCUGUACAACGAGGCCCUCAAAGUUCUUCAGGACUUCCCUCAGCAUUACCCUUUUGGAUCCUCUAGUGGUUAAGAAGCGCUUACUUUCUCACUCUCCACCUGUAUUUUUCUUGUGUACUUAGUUUUUGAUCCUAUUUUUCUCUGAAGAUGAGUGGAAACUGUUGAUUUUGUUACUGAAAAAAAUAAAAAUCACCUAAAAAGAGAA